AUGGCAAACUCCUCAAACGUCCAGGUUAGUGCUUUUUGGGAUAAUACUUCCUUUGAUUUUGAUACGGUUGACGCUAGUGGUAGAUCGGGUGGCCUGCUGAGCAUAUGGGAUCCGGGUAUAUUUGUAAAGAAGUACUUUGUAUCAAACAGAUUCUUCCUUGCAACUUUUGGGGAAUUAAAAAAUAGUGGAGAAGUUAUCACGAUUAUCAAUGUUUAUGCGCCACAAGAAAAGAAUGCAAAAAAACAAGUGUGGGAGGACCUUAUGGCUCUUAUGAGUUCCACGCCGGGGGGGUCAUGGAUACUACUGGGAGAUUUCAACUGUGUCCGUGAAGCAUGCGAAAGGCGAAACUCUAGAUUCUGUGAUGAAUCCGCAAAUGAUUUUAACUCCUUUAUCAACAAUGUUGGCCUAUCAGAAUAUGCUAUGAUGGGCUGUCGAUUCACUUAUAUGAAGGAUGAUGGAUAUCGAUCUGAUCACAGACCAUUGAUGCUUCUAUGUUCAAAUGUGUUUUUUGGCAAACCACCUUUUAGAUUCUUCAACUCGUGGUUAAAGGAGGAUGGUCUCGAGAAGGUUGUCCAUUCAGCUUAUGUCAGCGUACCUCCUUUUUAUCCUCCGGAUAAACUGUUAGCGGCAAGAUUUAGAGCAAUCAAAAUGGCUAUUAAACCAUGGUGUGCGGCGGUUGUUAAGAAAAAUAACGGCUUGAUAAAAGAACUAAUGAAGAAAGUGGAAGAUCUUGACAUUAAGGCGGAAACAAUGACAGUAUCAGAUGUGGAGGUCAAAGAACGAGAAGUUUGGUUGAAAACAAUUAAUGAGAUUGAUGAUUGUAGGAUGGAAGAUCUCAAACAAAGGUCGAAAUUAAAAUAG